UUUAUCCAGACGAAGUAUGCUAACCCAAAUCUGGAAGUAUGGAAACUGAAAUCAAAAUUUUGCGUUUUGGAUUCUGUUGGCUACUUUUUUCUUCACUUAAAAAUAUCGUGCGUUUUUAAAAUGGAUGGAUGUACCACAACCUUCAGGAUAUAUUUUAAUCGACGUACAGUAAGAUUCCAACGCACAUCGUAAUCACAACUCUUAAUCUUCAUGGGCUUUUCUUUUUGUAUCUCAUCUUGAAAAUUUCAAGCGAAAACGAUACUAAUAUAAAUGUUAUAAUAGGCUAUUGAGAGCACCGUUAACUGUAUUCCUCGAAAUUAUCGUUUUUGUUUUAAACGUAUUAGGUUUCUUUUAAUAGGCCUAUUCGACUUCGAAAAAAGCGGACGAGCAAACUCGCUCUAAUAAAUCAUGAGUUUAUUGAUCGGAUAUUUUGGGAACUGUGAAUAUGAUUCAUAAAACUUUUUUCCUCUUCCUAUGGAUUUGGUUCUCACAUGUUGUUAUUGGUGAUACAGAUGAAGUGAAGUCAGUGUCAGUGACUGAAGGAGAUUCUGUCUCUCUUAACUCUGGUGUCUCUGAAGUACAGAGAGAUGAUCAAAUACUGUGGAUAUUUAACAUUAACAAUUCAGACAUUCGUAUUGCUGAAAUCCAUAAGCAGGUCAUUGAUAUGUUUAACAGUAAAGAGAUAUUUGGAGACAGACUCCAGUUGGACAUUCGGACUGGAUCUCUGACCAUCAGAAACAUCAGAACUGAACACUCUGGACUUUAUAAACUACAGAUCAUCAAAGCUGCUGGGAUCACAUACAAGAGUUUUUCUGUUGCUGUCUAUGCUCGUCUGCCUGUUCCUGUCAUCACCAGAGACACUUCAAACUGUUCUUCAUCAUCAUCAUCAUCAUCAUCUAAACGUUCAUCAGUGUCUAAUUGUUCACUGCUGUGUUCAGCUGUGAAUGUGAGUGCUGUGACUCUCUCCUGGUACAAAGGAAACAGUUUAUUGUCCAGCAUCAGUGUGUCUGAUCUCAGCAUCAGUCUCUCUCUACCUCUGGAGGUGGAAUAUCAGGAGAACAACAUCUACAGCUGUGUGAUCAACAAUCCCAUCACAAACCAGACUCAACACAACAUCAACAUCACUCAACUCUGUCAGCCAUGUGAAGAGCUCAUGCAGCAGUCACAGAUGGUGGUAAUAUCAGUUAUAGUGAUAGCUCUGAUCGUGGUUGUAGCUGUGGGGGUGAUAUACUUUUACAACAAGAAUCGCAAAGAAGCAUGCCCAGAAGGCAAGUAUUACUCUUUUCAUCACAUAUUAUGAGGAUUCUGAGACAAAAUCAAGAUUUUAAAAGAUGUGCCACAAAAUCUGUUUUUAAACACCAUUUAAGACUUAUUUGAAAAAUGUAACAUUAUCAUUAAAACAGUCCAGACUUGUGAGGAAGAAGUACUUUAUGCCGAAACAAGAUUCUGUGCGCGUAGUGCUCACAGUACGAAACCUGAUGAAGAACACCACAUCAUAUACUCGAGUGUUAAUGUAAAAUGAAAGGAUCAGUGUAUUUGCCUCUUGGUGACUAAUAUGUUGCGUGCAUGAAAAACUCAUUUUCAAGUAUAUCAGGUUCAAUGAUCUCAAAGUGCAUCUUUAAGUGCAGAUUUCAGAGAGUGACAAAUGCUUCACAGUUCCGAAUGGAAGUGAUUAAAGACUAGUGUUUCAGUUUCAUCAGUAUUUUAUCACUAUUUCAAGAUCGAUUAACAUCCUGUUUAUGUAUUAUUCAUUUCUCUGGAAUAUUUGACAUUGACUGGUCAGUUGGCAUUCAGCAAGAAAAUAUUUCUGCAUAACCUCUGCUCGUCUGAGUGACUCCGUAUAACUUACGACUCAUCCCUAAAAUCUCAUACUAUUUAAUGGUUUAUACCUAAUGUUACUUAGGAACUUCAGUGUUCGACGCCAGUUUAAUCUAACUUUGGCCUUCCAGCAUGCUGUUACUUGAUCUGCAUUCAGCUGUUUACCUGUUAGACAAGACAUGUUCUUACAAGUUCAGCUCUGUUACAGGAAUCUUUCUCUUAUAUUCUGUUAAACAUUCCCAGACACUGAAGUCUUAACAAAACAUCUUGUUGUUGUUUUUUUUAUUUUUUUUAUCAGCUCUAUUAUAUAUAUAUAUAUAUAUAUAAUUGGUUUGCUAAAUAUAUAUUUGUGCACUAUUUUGUAAACCUUUUCUACAUUAUUUUUGUACCUUUUAGAUUCUUGGAUCAUAACUUUGUAUUGAAAGAUUUUUUUUGUAUUAUUGAACAUGCACUUGUAAGCAGAUGAAAGUCGGAUUCAUAUGAAAUAUGAAUUCAUAAGUUUUUCUACACAUUCCAAUUAAAAUAUUUUGAACCUUC